AAAUCGGGGGCGCCUGCUUGUCAAGCUAGUUGUCCAAAAAGUCUGCGCCGUUUGUGCUUCCUGGGUUCAAGUCACGCCUGCGGGCCGGCCGCCUCCUCUCUGUAGCCCUGAUCGAGCGCCGCUGUCUCAUCCCGACUUCCAGCCCUUGCCUGUCCCUCCCGGCCCCCGGCCGUCUGCCGUGGUUCGCGCCGGUCCCGGUUGAGCCUUAAGCCCUGCCGAGACCCUGCGCGGACCGGGGGGCUGGCGGGUCUUGCCGUCGGCUCCCCCAGCUUCUUCCUCGCUAGCCCUUGGUGCCUUCCCUGGCCCUGUCUAACUUCCCUCUAACUGGCCUUCAAUUUGAGAAUGACUUCUACCUAGCAUGUAUCCGUCUUUCCCUUACCCACGAAACCUAGCCCGGGGGCGGGGGGACCCCAAAGUCUUUGCCUUCCUGGACCUGCUGCUGCUGGUAGGCUGUCCCCUGCUUCUCCCUGCCUUUGUGUUGCGUCAUGGAGUCACCUGUCACCCGCUCCCCUUCUGUACAUGCUCACCGGAAAAGGAGCAAAAGUCGCCUUCACUUUUGCUUCACAGUCCAGCGCCUUGUGAUACCUAUUAUCAGCCCCGUGCCCUGGAGAAGCAUGCGGACAGCAUCCUGGCUCUGGCUUCAGUCUUCUGGUCCAUCUCUUAUUACUCCUCUCCCUUCGCCUUCUUCUACUUAUACAGGAAAGGUUACUUGAGCUUGUCCAAAGUGGUGCCGUUUUCUCACUACGCGGGGACGUUGCUGCUGCUGCUGGCCGGCAUCGCCUGCCUCCGAGGCAUCGGCCGCUGGACCAACCCCCAGUACCGGCAGUUCAUCAGCAUCUUGGAGGCCACACAUCGGAACCAGUCUGCAGAAAACAAGAGGCAGCUCGCCAACUACAACUUCGACUUCAGGAGCUGGCCGGUGGACUUCCACUGGGAAGAGCCCAGCAGCCGGAAGGAGUCCCGAGGGGGCCCUUCCCGCCGCGGCGUGGCCCUGCUUCGCCCCGAGCCCCUGCACCGGGGAACAGCGGACACCUUCCUCAACCGGGUGAAGAAGCUGCCCUGUCAGAUUACCAGCUACCUGGUGGCGCACACGCUGGGCCGCCGGAUGCUGUACCCCGGCUCCGUGUACCUGCUCCAGAAGGCCCUCAUGCCGGUGCUGCUGCAGGGCCAGGCCCGGCUGGUGGAGGAGUGUAACGGGCGCCGCGCAAAGCUGCUGGCCUGUGACGGCAACGAGAUUGACACCAUGUUUGUGGACCGGCGGGGGACAGCUGAGCCCCAGGGACAGAAGCUGGUCAUCUGCUGUGAGGGGAACGCGGGCUUCUACGAGGUGGGCUGCGUCUCCACGCCCCUGGAAGCUGGCUACUCAGUCCUGGGCUGGAACCACCCCGGCUUCGCGGGAAGCACGGGGGUGCCGUUCCCACAGAACGAGGCCAACGCCAUGGACGUGGUGGUCCAGUUCGCCAUCCACCGCCUGGGCUUCCAGCCCCAGGACAUCGUCGUCUACGCCUGGUCCAUCGGCGGCUUCACUGCCACGUGGGCAGCCAUGUGCUACCCAGACAUCAGUGCUGUGAUCCUGGACGCCUCCUUCGAUGACCUGGUGCCCUUGGCCUUGAAGGUCAUGCCCGACAGCUGGAGGGCCCUGGUGACCAGGACAGUGAGGCAGCACCUCAAUCUGAACAAUGCAGAACAGCUGUGCAGGUACCAGGGCCCGGUGCUGCUGAUCCGGAGAACCAAGGAUGAGAUCAUCACCACCACGGUUCCUGAGGACGUCAUGUCCAACCGAGGCAACGACCUCCUGCUGAAGCUCCUGCAGUUUCGGUACCCUCGAGUGAUGGCCGAGGAGGGCCUGCGCGUGGUGAGGCAGUGGCUGGAGGCCUCCUCCCAGCUGGAGGAAGCCUCCAUAUACAGCCGCUGGGAGGUGGAGGAGGACUGGUGUGUGUCGGUGCUGCGCUCUUACCAGGCGGAGCACGGGCCAGACUUCCCCUGGAGCGUGGGGGAGGACAUGAAGGCAGAGGGACGCCAGCAGCUGGCUUUGUUCCUGGCGCGGAAGCAUCUGCACAACUUUGAGGCCACACACUGCACCCCGCUCCCAGCGCAGCACUUCCAGAUGCCCUGGCACCUCUAGGGACCGCGGGGGCUGGCCUGGAAGGAGAGCUGGGGCCCGAGGGCGCCCGCGGCUGGGCUCCCGUGUGUGGCUGUGGGUCGUCUGUGACCGUGGGCCGCCCUCCCCACGCUACUCCUCGUGCACGCACCCCCUCGCCACGCCCUGCAUUAGGUGAAUGCGUCGUUCCUAAUAAUUAAUAAAAAGUAUUUUUUCUAC